AGGGGUCACCACACAACAUGCUCCUCUGGCUGUUUUUGGCUGCUGUUCCCCAUGUAGCUGGCCUCUUGAGACAACAUGCUGCUCUUGAUGUUUCUGGCCGCCGCUGCUCCCUCUGUGGUCGAUUUGAGUGAGUGGGGAGCCACUUAUACACCACAGCAGAUCUGCGUGUUUGAAGGAUCAACUGUGAGGAUUAACUGUGCGUACAGACAUCCUUCAUAUGUUUCUGUUCAAAGAGAAAUGUGGUUUUAUGGUCCUUGGGACUACCAGAAAACGGUCGAAGGAGAAACCACAGUGUAUCACACAGAUGAGCAGGAAGUGUCCAUCAGUCACAUGAACCGAGUUCAGUUCUUGGGGAACAAAACCAAAAUCUGCUCCAUAAAUAUCAGGAACGUGAGCAGAGAGGACAGCGGCUACUACAAGUUUAGAUUUGAGGGGUCGAGUUUUAAUCAAUACUGGACCGAAGUGCCGGGAGUCAGCUUGACCAUCACAGGUCUAAAGGUUGAAACAACGGCAAAGAAGGUAACAGAAAACGACUCAGUAACCCUGAGGUGCACAACCAACUGCAGUGUUUAUGACAGCAUCUCCUGGUUCAGAAAUGGACGACGUUUAAAUCCCAAAUUAAGGGACUAUCGCAUCAGCAGAGUCUCCUAUGAGGACCACGCGGGUUUCUCUUGUCAGAUUGGCAAUGUCUCAUCCCCAGAGCUUCUACUAAACGUCGAGUAUGCUCCCAAGAAUGCAUUUAUCACAGUUAAGCACUCUACUCAUAUAGAAGAAGGGGAAUCAGUGACGUUACAUUGUAAAGCUUUGGCAAACCCACAUGGCACCUACACCUGGGUCAAGGAGAACACCAGCCAUGUAGGAACAGGGGAGCAACUCCACAUCAGUGAGUUUAACAAAAGUCACCAGGGUUCUUAUUACUGUGAAGCCACAAACAACUAUGGGAUGACAAAGUCUGCUGCAGUCCAACUGACAAUAAAUGAAAGUAUGAAUGGUUCAGAGAACAAGAAUUACCCUCUGUAUUCUUUAUUGGGUGUUGUCAUCCUAGCAGGACUGGCAUUGGCAAUUUUUGUAUUUCUAAGAAAAAGGACCAAGAAGACAAAGCAGCAAAAUGGAGAAGUCCAAGGAAGAAAUGAGAUCAAAGGUGUGGACAGUUCUGAAGAUCGCACUUAUGCAUCUCUGGAUCGGUCAGGGGUUUCAUCAGAAUAUGACACAAUCAUGCAAAAGAAAUGAAGAAAACUUAUGUUGUGUAUAUAUUUGGUGUAAUGAAGUUAUAAAUCCAAUAAAUGUCAGUAAAAUAAACCAUGA